AUGAUAAACCAUAGAAACGACACCUGUAAGGCUGGUCGCGACGACAUAUUGGGCACGACCCGCCCGCGCCAUAUUCGACUACAGAUCUACAUCUCCUUGACGCUCGGCGUGGGAGCAUUUCUAGUCUUUUGUUUCCUGCGACCACGAUGGAAGGGCCUGUAUGCCGCGCGCAAGAAGCAAAAUAACCUCGCGACUGCACUUCCUGAGCUCCCGGAUACCUUCUUCGGUUGGAUCGUACCACUAUGGAAGAUCACGGACGAGCAGGUAUUGGCUUCGGCUGGUCUGGACGCUUAUGUGUACCUGGCGUUCUUCAAGAUGGCUAUUAAGUUUCUCCUCGUCACGCUCUUCUUCGCCCUCGCCGUUAUCAAGCCGGUGCACGACACACAUCAGGAAAAGGAGGGCAAGAAGCCAUACCUGGGCGGCGAUGGCGAUAAGAAAGGUGAACGUCUCGAAAUGCGUUCGGAAACGCUCUGGUCGACGUUCGGUGGGCACGACUACGAAUACUACACAGACUACCUCUGGAUGUAUCUCGUCUUCGUGUACCUCUUCACAGCGCUCAUACUCUACCUGAUUGUCUCUGAAACCAGACGGAUUAUCGAUAUAAGACAGGAAUACCUGGGCAGCCAGACGACAAUUACCGACCGCACAAUCAGACUAUCAGGAAUCCCAUUGGACCUUCGCUCUGAGGACAAGAUAAAGCAAUUCAUCGAGGAUCUUGGGAUUGGCAAAGUCGAAAGCGUGACACUUUGUAGGAACUGGAAAGAGCUGGACGAUAAGAUUACCAGGCGACAAACCAUACUGCGGAAGCUGGAGGAGGCUUGGACGGUUCACUUGGGAAGCAGGAGAGUUGAGCGCAGCUUGGAGACCCUGCCCGUGAUCCAGCCUCGCCCACCUCAGGCCGAUGGGGACGACCGUGAGGACAGUCAACUUCUCAACAACACGGACAGAGACCCUGAUUACGUGUCUCCAUACGCACGCCAGCGUCCAACAGCGAAAAUCUGGUAUGGCCGAUUCAAACUUCGAUACAGGACCGUCGACGCUAUCAACUACUACGAGGAGAAACUUCGCAGGCUGGAUGAUGAGAUCAGAGAUCUGCGAAAGAAGGAAUUCGAACCAACACCACUUGCCUUUGUGACGAUGGACAGUGUGGCAAGUGCUCAGAUGGCGAUUCAGGCCGUUUUGGAUCCAUCACCACUCCAACUCCUUGCGAAUAACAGCCCAGCCCCCUCUGAUGUCGUUUGGCCCAACACGUAUCUCUCACGGAAUCAGCGCAUAUUCCGAUCCUGGACCAUCACCUUUUUCAUUGGAGUCUUGAGUAUCUUUUGGACUGUUCUACUUGUUCCGAUCGCUGGCGCUUUGAACACUUGCUCCAUCCACGAGGUCUUCCCAGGUAUCGCGGACGCACUUGACCGACAUGAGCUGUUGCAAUCGCUGGUCAACACACAACUGCCGACUCUAUCAUUGACCCUGCUCAACGUACUUGUGCCGUUUCUCUAUGAUUGGUUGGCAAACAAGCAAGGCAUGAUAUCGCAGGGCGACGUUGAGCUCUCCGUCAUCUCGAAGAACUUCUUCUUCACUUUCUUCAAUUUCUUUAUCCUCUUCACGAUCCUCGGAACUGCGUCUAACCUUGUGGAUCUGCUGACGAAGUUUGGGGAAAAAUUGACUAGCGCUACUCAGAUUGCUUUCGCCUUGGCCAAUUCUCUUGCGAACUUGCUCGGCUUCUACACCAACUUCAUCCUUCUACAAGCUUUUGGUUUAUUCCCAUUUCGUCUUCUCGAAUUUGGUGCCCUCUCGCUGUAUCCCGUCUAUCUGAUCGGAGCGAAGACUCCUCGAGAUUACGCAGAACUUGUUCAGCCCCCUGUCUUCAGUUACGGUUUCUUCUUGCCUCAGACUAUACUCAUCUUCAUCAUUUGUGUGGUCUACAGUGUCUUGAGAGACUCCUGGCAGGUUCUGCUUACGGGUCUGGCUUACUUCAUCAUUGGCCAAUUCGUCCACAAAUAUCAGCUGCUCUAUGCAAUGGAGCAUCGCCAGCAUUCAACGGGUAGAGGCUGGACGAUGAUGUGUGAUCGUGUCAUUAUCGGUGUGGUGCUGUUCCAGGCCACCGUUGCUGGACAAUUGGCUCUAAAAAAAGCGUUCAAGCGCGCCAUCUUGGUGGCACCGUUGGCAAUCGGCACCGUAUGGUUCUUGUUCGUCUACGCACGAACGUAUCGGCCCCUGAUGAAAUUCAUCGCUCUUCGAAGUUUGCGGGACCCCGAGCGAUCAGACUUAGGGCGCGACGUCCAAGAAGAAGCCAUUCACGCGGAACGUGAUGGGCGAAGAAGACCAGCAGGACGACUCACCCUGGAUGAGGCUAGGGAGAGUGGAUCAAAGUUCGAAAUUCCAAGUCUUGUGAUGCCCCUGAACGAAGUUUGGCUCGCGAACAAGAACGUGAGAUCCACACACGGAUUCAAUGGAUCGACUCCAUACAGCAGCAAUGGCGACGCCUAG